AUGCGUGGCAGGCUCUACACUGGGAUCCAUGCCCUUAAGCCAAAAGCGAAAUCCAAGACGGGUGCCAUCUCCGAGUCUACCACUGCACUGAAUGUGGACCAAACAAACACAGUCUGUAGCACGACCGCUCUGUCAUUGCCAUCUCCUCUAGCCAGCAGCAAAGCAGGUAGCGGAGCUGGCAACGGCCAAGAUCAGCCUGCAACUACUACCACCAUGGAGACCAUGUCAAUAGGAGGGGCAUCAACGGUUCAAAAGAAGGAAGGGCUGUCUGUUGUCGCCACUGCUGCUGCUGCCACCACCAAAGUCCAGAUGGUGGACAAGAAGAAGAUGGAUGCUAGAAAGAAAAGCUUGAAGAGAUUAUAG